GUGCGGCACGGGUUUUGAAAGCGAGGCUGCUGGGACGACGCGUGUAGAGAAGGUGCUCCCGACUCCGAGUCCUUCUGCUCUCCGGACGCAGCCAAGGGACCGGCGGGUCGCCAUGCAGUCCCCCAACAACACCCUUGGUUACAGAGCUAGCUUUGCUGAAGAGGCCCAGGUCAUUGCGGAGCAGCUGCAAGGUCAAGGGGGAGAGGAUGUAUCCACCAUAGAGGCCGAGAUCCCACCUCUCGACCUGACUUCCUCGGCCUCUUUUGUGGACCCGCCGGCCAGUGACCAGGCCCAGGGGCAGCCCGGUGACAGCCCCCUCCCCGCCCCCACUCCAGAUCCAGGCCAGGAGCCUCCCGCAGCCACCCCAAGUGAGCAGGGCCUGCUGUUUCUUGAAGGGCUGCCACCUGUGGAAGGAAGCAUCAGCCCCGCCGAAACCGAUGUUGAUGCCAGUGCCGAUUCUGUCGCUUGGCCGCUUAACGUGACCAUGGAGUUAUGUGGCCCGGCCCCUGAUGCUGCAGCUGGUGGGGAAGGGGCCCUGCCGCCAGUGCCAGAUCAUCUGCUUAGCCCAGACACUCCCCCAAUUCCAGCCCAGCGGCUGGACAACAGAGCCGGUGGGGAAGGGGCCCUGCCUCCAGUGCACAACCGCUCCCAUCUGGCCAUCAUGACCUCCACCCCACAGGGAGCCUUAGGAGGGCUAAGGCUGUCAGAAGAGGCGUCUGCUUUUUCCUUCCCCGAGAGCCCCCCAGCUCAGGAAGCACCCACUAUGGCUGGGGCUGAGCAGCCCAUUGCUAGGCGCCUCCUGGGGCCUCUAGCAGCCAUAGGCAGCCCACCCAAGGCCCCAAAGAGUGGCCCUUUGGGGAAGCUGGUCCAGGAGAAACGAUCCCUGGGCGGGGCCUCUUCAGCUGUUUCCAGAAGGGGGCAUCAGGUCCUUCCUUUGACUGGGCAGAAGAGAUGGUCAGCUGUCCCUUCCAGAGCCUCUGGCAUGCCUGUCCUGCUCAAGUCCAGAAGGGAACCCAUGGCACCUCCAGGCCCUAGGCAGCAAAAAAGCAGGAAUAGCGAGGCAGGCGGGAUGAAGGAAGCAGAGCCACCAGCCAAGGCAGGGAAUAAUCCUCCCUCAACAGCCAAGAUGUCUCAACUCCUUCACAGCAAAUCGGUGCCACCUCAGUUCUCCCUGCAUCAGAGAGGCCCCAGUGCUCGAGAUCCAAAGACCAGCAGAGACCCCCAGGCAGCUCGAACUUUGAAGCCGAUAGCUCCUAACCAGGGCACCCGAUCCAGAGCACCGUCCAAAGCAGAUGAGCAGCCCUCCAGGCAGGACAGGAGGCAUCAGGCUUCUUCAGGACAGACGUGCCCCCAGUGCCUUGUGCUGCAGAAGCAAGUGGAGGACCUCAAAAGCCAGCUAGCCGCCAUGCAGUGCCUUAGUGGGGAGCUCCAGGGCCUUCGAGGCUCGGCCCAGGAUCCAUCCACAGCCAACACAGGGGGCACCACCUGAGUGCCAAGCCCUGGACUCCAGGGCCCUCUUCUCCCGAGGCAGGCCCUACCAUGGAGUCUUUGCAGGUUCUUGUCUCCCUUGUUCUCCCCUUCCCCUCAUCCCCCACCCUAGAACAUUGGCACUAAGCACAUGUGCUUAGUGGGGGUCUCCAGUUCUGAUUGGAGGAGUGGCUGGGGCCAAGUUUGAGAGGCCUCGUCACUGCAGGGUGUUAGUGUGGUGACCUCCAGCUAUUCUGCUGAGUGGUUGUUCCCAUCCCCACUUGGGACCCCACUCCCCCCCUUUAGGUAGUUUGUCAAGAAGCAAUGCAAGGAGAGAGCUGGGUUCAGAUCUCACAUCCGAUGAGAUCUCACCCUGGGCAAGUCAAGUCACUUCAUCUCUUGAGUUCCCUCAUGCUGAUAAUUUCUUCCUGCUUCCACUGCACUUAUUGUGGCUGACGAAAAUGCUGCUCUCUGGGAUUUUAUUCUAAGGGCUUAGAUGCCAGAGCAUGGAGAGCAUUUCCUCACUGGGAGUUCUCUAAGUGAUUCCCUUCACAGAUGCCCCCUGACACCCCCCUCCAAGUUGUACAGCAUUCCCCACCUACCCCCCCCCCACCUUUGUACAAAUGAAGAAAUUUUGGCCCAGGGAAACUGGGUGACUUGCCCAACGCCAAGCAGAUAAUGAGCAUUGCAGCUAGGAUUAGCACCCAGGCCCUCAUGUUUCAGACAAAUUUGGAAGUUGUUAUAGUGGCCUAGAGUGGUGGGAAAGAUGGGGGCAGAUCAUCAAAGCUAGGGUUUGGCCUGGGUUGUUUUGUUUGGGGGGGGGGGGGCGGGGUAUCACAGUGUUUAUGGAGUUUGAGAUGUCAGUGGGACCAGGUGAGCAGAAAGGUGGCAGUGUAGCUCUGGAGAUGAGGUUUGUGGAGGCCAGGCCGCCCACUGGCUUCAAGCAGGGCCCACCUGGUCCACAUGAGGACAGGGGUUUAGGUCUCCUCCUGUUCAGUUAGGGUAGAGCUGCUGUAUUCAGUUUUUAGCAAGGUCCAGGCAGGGAAAAGCUGUCCUUUUAGGUCAAGCAACAGUGUUAUUACCUAAUUCAUAGGUUCAUAUACAAUCCUCUUCAUGUUAUGUUUAUAAUAAUAAAGACCAAUGUUAGAAAACUGUUUCUGCAUGUUUGUCCCUUCAGACCAUUAGCCUCAUCCAAGCUGGGGCCCAGCAGAAGCAUUCCCAGGGGGCCUCUCUUGGGCGCCCACCCUUCAGGAAGUGCCCUUCUUGAAGCCAAGGCUUCUCUGGCUGUGGAUGCUAUCUUGGCCUGUCCUUUGGACCCAAACCCAUUUCAAUUAAUACUAGAAAACCUUCGUUCUCAGUUCUGAGGGCUGGUUCUCUGGAUUGGGGACAGAUAUAUGGGGAAAUUAGGUGAUGGAAAACAAGAACAAUAAUUUUGUUUAAUUCACAAAGUACCUGUCUUGGACCCCCCUGUACCCCAUCUCUCUAACCUGCCGGGGCGGGGGGGGGGUUAUAUCUCACACUAGGUAUCCUUGCAAGCAUCUCAAACUCAAAACCCCAACUUUUUUGCCCCAAGCCCCUCCCUUCUACCCAAUUUCUCUU